AUGAAUUUCUGCCCAGUCCCAUUUGCUUCGGUAUUAAUUAUCUGCUUCUUGAUCAUGUUCGCAUCUUCUUGUAGUAACGAUCCAAUAAUUACUCACUUCACAGGCGAUGUUUCUAUUAAUUGCGGCUCAUUCGGGUCCACUAAAGCACCGAAUGGAAGGGAAUGGAUCGGAGAUGUAACGCCGAAAUAUUCUUCUCUACUGCAAAUAAAAGGUUUAUCAUCAACAACCGCAGCUGAUCAUAAGUUGACUGUCUUUGUUGAUCCAGUUCCACAUAAGACCGCACGACUCUCUCGUACACAAUUCUCCUAUGCACUUCGACUCAGUCCAGGUCAGAAAAUUCUUCGUCUUCACUUUAGUCCCGCUCUGUGCAAAGGCUUUAAAGGGUCGAAGGACUUAUUCACCGUUGAAGCUGGUGCAUUUACCUUGCUCGGUAACUUUAGCCCUUCACUUACUGCUCAUGCUCUUGGUGUGAGUUAUUUCACCAAAGAAUUUUGUUUAAAUAUAGAAGAAAAUCAACUAUUCAGCGUAGUUUUUUCUCCAGAAAGUAGUCAAUCACUAGAUACAUAUGCUUUUAUAAAUGGCAUUGAGAUCAUCUCAGUGCCAGCCAAACUUUCAUACUUUCAUGGUGGAGAUAUUGGGCUUCAAGUAGUUGGACAAAAGUCUCUGGUUUAUGUCGAUGGAAACAAUGCACUUGAAGUAGUACACCGUACGGAAAUUAAACAAAAUUAUGUCCCGUUUGAUGGAGAUUUGGAUAAUAUAUUUCCAAAGUGGGCAACCCAAAAAGAAAACGAGAAAGAAAAUAAUUCCUGUAAAAUAUCGGUAGAUGUGGGAUUCAGGUACUUGAUCAGGCUUCAUUUUUCACAGCUGGGACUCAAAAUUGCAGGGACUGGUGAUGUGAUGUUUAAAGUCUUCAUCAAUGAAAUGAUUGCUCAUACUAAUAUUGACAUUAUAGAAGGAAGGGGUGAAAAUAGUAUUCCUCGUUAUAGGGAUUACAUAGUGAUGAUAAGAGGGCACAAAACAGAGGUUAAAAGUAAUCUCUUGAUUUCCAUGGAGUCAUGUAAUGAUAUUACAGAUGGGCAAGAACUGCUUUCAGGAUUUGAAAUAUUAAAAUUGAGCAAUCCUGACAAUAGUCUUGCCAGCCCAAAUGCUGUGCCUCUGGCUCGGGAUUCAGCGUCCCGUACUAUACAAACUUUGCUCUUGGCUCUUGGCCAUAGAAACGCAAUUGCAACUAUUGCGGUAGCUGUAGUUUGUCUGGUAAAUAUAGUUGCUCACAAGUUUCGUGAAAUUUGGGAAGGUAGCAAUACUAAGGUGGAAAACAAGCCAUCUGCAAGGGCUGAACGACUCUGUCGGCGCUUUUCUUUAACCAAGGUCCAACUAGCCACAAGAAAUUUCAGUGAUGGACUUUUAAUUGGAAAGGGAGGAUUUGGUAAAGUGUACAAAGGCCUCAUUGAUAAUGGGCAAGUAUUUGUUGCUGUGAAGAGGUUGAAACCAAAUUCUCAUCAAGGGGCACACGAGUUUUUGACCGAGAUUGAAACACUUUCAGAGCUCCGACAUGUGAAUCUAGUCCCUCUAAUUGGUUAUUGCAACGAUCGUGGAGAAAUGAUUCUUGUUUACGAUUAUAUGGCUGGAGGAACGCUUUCUGAUCAACUCUAUAAACUUUCAAGGGAAAGUAGUAACUCUUCUGCUCUCACGUGGAAGCAGCGCUUGAACAUUUGCAUUGGAGCUGGUCGUGGACUAGACUAUCUUCACACGGGCAAUGGAGUCAUACAUCGAGAUGUAAAAACUACAAACAUCCUGCUAGAUGAGAAUCUUGUAGCUAAGGUUUCUGACUUUGGGUUGGCCAAAACUGAAGACAGGAGCAAUUUACAUAGCCAUAUUAGCACAAAAGUAAAAGGCACAUAUUGGUACAUGGACCCACAUUAUCACAAGACAUCCAAAUUGACAAGGAAAAGCGACUCGUAUUCUUUUGGAGUGGUGUUGUUGGAAGUAUUAUGUGGGAGACCAGUAUUGGAUUCAAGGGCAGAAGGGGAAGAGCGGAUUCUGCCCAUUUGGGCUCGAUCUAAAAUUAGUAAAGGGGAAGUUGAUCAGAUUGUGGCUUCAAGUCUCAGAGAGGAAAUUUCAGUAGAUAGUUUGAAGACAUUUGUUGGGGUCGCUGAAAGAUGCUUGCGCGAUGAACCGAAGAAUCGGCCAACAAUGUCCCAAAUUGUACAGCAACUUGAGCUAGCAUUGGAGCGACAUGAAAAUAAACAACCUCUGGUGUUAAAUGAAAUAGCAAGUGCUUCUUGUAGUGCUGAAAUCAACCAGUUAGGGCAGCCAACAAUAACCUGCACCGAUGUUCCGGAAAUCACACCUCCUUUAGAAGAACAAAGGAACAGAAAAGUCGUUGGGCUUCCAUCUGGAAAAAAACAUGGAAGAAAAGCCACAGUAAGUAAGUCAUUACGACUUGGGCCGUUGGACUCAUUAUGGAACAAAUUUAAACCAUCCAAGAUUGAAUCCUUAUUAUCAGACAUAAAAGUGACCGAGUUUGGUUGGGAUUCAAUUGUCGCUGCCACAAAUAACUUCUCCUAUUCAAAUAUAGUUGGACAAGGUGGAUCGGGUACUGUUUAUAAGGCUGUAUUCCCAUCUACAGGACAAUUAGUUGCAGUUAAAAGGUUUUCACCAUCUUCCGGACAAGGCCUCGUGGAAUUCAGGAACGAGAUUCUCUUGCUUCCCAAACUUGAGCACCGAAACAUCAUCAAAAUGCUUGGCUAUUGCAUUAAUAGAAAAGAAAAGUUGCUUGUAUACGAGUUCAUGGCAAACACAAGUCUAGAUUCUAUAUUGUAUGGUGUAUAUAAGGAUGCGUUGAAGUUUUGUCGGCUUCAAUGGUCAGUACGCUUUAAAAUCAUAACGGGGAUUGCUCAAGGACUUGUUUAUCUUCAUCAAGACUCAGGACUGAGAGUCAUCCAUAGAGAUCUUAAAUUAAGCAAUAUUUUGCUCGACUUUGAUAUGAAUCCUAAAAUUUCCGGCUUUGCCAUACCUACAACUUUGGCAGAACAUCGAUCUGAAUUGGAAAUUUCAGGAAUUAGUGGGGCCAAUGGCUACAUGUCACCAGAUUAUGGAUUUUCAGUUAAAUCGGAUGUUUACGGAUUCGGCAUCAUAGUACUGGAGACGGUGAGUGGCAAGAGAAUAACGGGAACCACCUUCUUCGACUAUGCAUGGAAGUUGUGGUACGAAGGGGAAGCAUUAGAGCUAGUAGACAAAUCCGUUUGGGGGGUAUUUUCGGCAGAUGAAGCGUUGAGAUGCAUUCAAGUUGGUCUCUUAUGCACGCAUCAAGAUCCAGAUCACAGACCUAUUAUGGCAUCAGUGCUCAAAAUUUUGCAAGGAGAGGAGCUAGAAAUGGAGGUGCAAGUGCCUCAAAUUGAUGAUCUAGCAAUCGGCUGUUUACGUACCGAAGACGGACUUGAGAACAACGCAACAUUUGAUAGUAAUGCAGAUCACUUGUUAGUACAAAAUAUGUUGUGACCAUGUAGGAAGGUUUAUCAUGGUAAAUAUUUCAUUUAGUUCACACAAGCAUGUUUAAUUUGUGCCAUAUUUUGGUACGUAUUCACUAAGA